AUGCAUGGCUUAACCACCUGCGACCGGCCAAGAGCAAAGUUGCAUGCUGGUCUUCUUGGUUAUCCCUCGAAGGCUUUGAGUUCAGCGAACACGAAAGCAGAAUGCCUUCUCGGGAUUCAUCCAUGUUUGAACUGUCCCGGGUCCUUGCAACCCGAAGACUCGGAGUCGUCCGUCGUGAAGCCGGAAGGGUUUGACUUGGGGCACUCGCCAAAGUCCCAGAAUGUGGAGAGGUUUCGGAAGCAUGACGUGGCUCUCUGCCCCGCCAUGCUCCAACUCAUCACUUCGGGUGCCUUUGGUACCAUCACGUCCGAGUGA